UGGUUAACAAAUGCCCUAACCGUGACUCUCCAACAUUUUAGAAUUAAGGCUUUCUAUAAGUGCUCCUGCCAAAUAUUGCUUGCUAAUAUCAGUUGUUUAAACUGACCUUUAAAUGCAAAGAUGCUCCUCGUUCAACUGCGUGUUUGAUGUUCCUUCGUUCUAACCAGGCGUGCAAGUUUUGCAGUUAUAUCGUAUGAGCUUGAAGACGACGUCCCCUGACCAUCGACUUCACAGGGGAUGAGCUUUACUUCUGAUGAGGUCAAUUUUCUCAUUUUCCGAUAUCUGCAGGAAUCAGGCUAUUGUCAUUCUGCCUAUUUGUUUGGCUUGGAAAGCCAGAUCAGCCGCUCUAAUAUCGAUGGUUCUAUUAUCCCUCCAGGCUCACUGUUGAGUCUCAUUCAGAAGGGUCUUCAAUAUACCGAAGCCGAGCUCAGCAUUGGCGAGGAUGGUAGUGAACGCGUAGUAGAGUCGCUAUCACUCAUUGAUGCCGUUGUUCCUGAUGUUAUUGAGCAGCGGAAAAACUCCCUAAGACAGCAGCAAAAUUCAAUUCCCGCGAUAGUUGCUAUAACUUGUUGUGGAUGUGCACUUGUCGGCUGCAACAACAAUGCUCCCCACGCCGGUGGAAUUAAUUCCCAAGCAGCCAUUACGAACUCUAACCAAAUGAGCACUACCCAUUCCGCUCCAGAUUCCGUGGUGCAGAACUGCAUACACCACCUUCCUGUGGAUCAUAACGACAUUUCCACCGCCAACUCAACAAUUGCAAAAGUUGAAGGAUUAAAUUCUGUAUCUACUCCCCAUGGAUCUUACCCCCUGCUUAACUUGAACCCGAUGAUCCAUUCUAGCGAUGGUAUUGUCGGUCCAGUUAAUUCGUCGGCACAAAGCCAGCAUUCUGUGAAUUCCAUGGAUACUUCGAAUCUCUCACCUGCAUUAUGUUCAGGAUCCGUUAUGUCCUCCGUGAGCCCUGUUAAUACACCUACUCCUACCACAGUGCAUUGCAUGGGGAAAGUACUUACUCCUCAUCAGCCUAGUUUAGUUCGUGGAUCACUCCCGUCACACCAUGUGCUUCAACCUGUGUUACUUUCCUCCAUUCAAACCAACGGUGAAAAUCAUGGCACAGCCAUGGUGAAUCAUUUUCGUGGUUCCGGUGAACCUAUGGAUGUUGACAGAAUACAGAUUUCUGAAGUGAAUAACACCUCCCCAUUGCUCAGUCGGCAAAUUUCCAAAGAACGCGUUACCGUACUUUCGGGGCAUGCGUCAGAAGUGUUUAUUUGCGCCUGGAAUCCUCGACGAGAUAUGUUGGCAUCCGGCGACUAUCCUCUGUUCUACGUUGAUUUUUCCCUCCUAUGUCCUCAUGCAUUGGUUAACGAAUCAACCAGCAUGUUCCCUGGUAAUUUGACUAAACAAAGGCGCAUUAAUUCUACUGCUAGCACACAUCAUGCCGAUUCGACUACCAUUAUAUGGGAGGCUCAGACUGGUCGCAUUGCCCAACAGUUCGCUUUUCACAUUGCUCCCACCCUGGAUGUUGAUUGGCAAUCUCUCACCUCAUUCGCCUCCUGCUCAACGGACACAAACAUACACGUUUGUGAGUUGGGUCAAACUUCCCCUGUGAAGACUUUCAAAGGUCAUGAGAAUGAGGUGAACGCAAUCAAAUGGGAUCCAAAUGGCCGGCUCCUCGCCUCAUGUUCCGAUGACAUGACCUUGAAGGUGUGGGAUAUGCAUCAUGAACACUGUGUCCACGAUCUCAAAGGACAUACGAAGGAAAUCUAUACUAUCAAGUGGAGCCCCACUGGCCCCGGUACAACCUACCCGAACGCUGCCCUGUGUUUGGCCAGUGCUAGCUUCGAUUCCACCGUACGAUUAUGGGACGUGGAGACUGGUAAAUGUCAGCGCAUCCUUUCAAAGCACAGCGAGCCGGUGUAUAGUGUCGCUUUUAGCCCAGAUGGGCGAUUGCUAGCCACGGGGUCGUUCGAUCAGUGGGUUCAUAUAUGGAACGUUGGAUCCGGGAGCCUCAUUAGCAGCUAUUUUGGCACAGGAGGCAUCUUUGAAGUUUGCUGGAAUUCACGGGGCGAUAAAGUGGGCGCUAGCGCAUCGGAUGGCUCGGUUUUCGUACUUGACCUACGAAAGUAG